AUGAAAUACCUGACUCACCGAUCACCUUGUGCUGUGAGGGAGAUGUUUUUGGUUGUUGGGCAAGUGAUGUUGAACAGCAUCUUGCAGAAGCUUCAUAAUGCAAAUUAUUGGGGUUUGUAGCCACCUUAAAAGUCCAACUUAACGAGUCGUCCUUGAACGACAUCUCAGCAAGACUCACAAAAAUCAACCAGAACUACGAAGAAGUCAAUGGCGAACUCCAUGAUGCCAACUGCAAAAUUGAAGAAAUUGAAAGUAUCAUGCAAAUCAAGCCCAACAAAUUGGAGCGAUGCACGAGUGACUCCUGUCCAUCGAAUGCUAUUCGCGUGAAUACAAUCUGAGGUUCCACAACAUCUCGGAGUCUCCUGGGGAGGCUUGCCAUCAGAAAAUCUGAGAUGUUUUAACUGAGCAACUUAAAAUGAAGCCGAAGAUAGAAAAUGCGCAUCGCGUAAGCCUAAGUAUCGCCGACAAGCCGAGGGCAAUAAUUUGCAAGUUUAUCUACCGUCCUGAACCAGGGUUCUCAAAGAAGGCGGCACCCGACGAUUGAUCGCCGCUUACUCUGGGAUUUAUCGCCGCCUAUUUUGUGUUUAAGUCGCUUUUCUUUUCUUUGUUUUGUUCUGCAAGUUUGCUUGAGUUGUUUCCGAAUUUCUCUUCCGUUCCUUGCACGACUGUGAUCCAAACAAAACCGGGAAACUUGCUUACGGUUCUGGACACGAUCGAUGAACGCCAUUUUACUUGAGUCCAGGCGUUCACGGUGAAACGUGGCCAUAUGUUCCAAAAUGGCGGCCAAGUGUCCCCACGCGGCGCAGAAAGAACUUACUAGUAUCUUUGGCUUCUCGUAAAGCGGAUCGAAGAAAGCUAAAGGUAUGUUUUAAAUUUGACUUUGCCUUGAUAUUGAAAUAGUUUUUUUAAUUCCUUAAGUGCCAGGACAAAUUUUUCAUCACUUUGAAAGCUGAUAUAUUUCAAUGUUACGAUAAGCCGUCAAGACCUUACAACGUCAUGCAUUAUAAACAAAGUUUUUCAGUUUUUUCAUCAUUGUCAUAAUAGUUGUUUUCAUUUCCUGGAACAAGCCCUGCAGCAUUUUAUUUUUCAGGCAUAGAACCUGAGCCCCCGCUAAGUUCAACAAAUGUUGAAGAAUGUGGCGAGCCUUCAAGUAUUUACAGUUUAACGCCAAGCCUUUUUUGAUUUGUAAAUAUAUUUCUAUUUAAUUUCUAUGCUUAUAUAUGUAGUUGUUAGAUUUUUUAGUGUUUUUUUAAUGCAUUUUGUGAUAUUGUUAAGCGCCUAGAGCACUUAGUGAUAUAGACGCUAUAUAAAUAAAGUUAUUAUUAUUAUUGCCCCUGCAGGGUUUUUUGGCCCCAGAGGGCCAAAAACCCGAGGAGGCACCUUAGGACUCCCCGUGUAAUAAGGGGGAAGACUUGAGAAGAGAGAAUGUAGGUAUUUUCGGUAGAUCAUAACCAGAAAAAUCUCGAUUUGAUCGCUUGCACGGCCGCAAGGUAUCAACGUUUUUCCCGCAAAUGGUCAUGGGCGGCCAGCAAAAAGACACGCGUGCGAGGACUUUUGGGAUCGGCGUCUUUGACACGAGCUUUGUCCUUGUCGAGAUUUCGAGUUAAGCGUCCGCGUCGAGAAGCGUUUCCAAGUCCAACGGUAAGUGUGUAUAGCAUCUUUCUAACAAUUAAAGGUAGUUUUGAGUUUAAAAGGUGAUCAGAAUCCGUCAAAAGAGAAACGGUUGUGUGAAGUCUCGAUCGAAGGCGGCGGAGGGUCCACAGCUCAGUCAGCUAACGUGAGAACUUAAAGCAAAGAACUUGCAGCAUAAUUAAAGUAUAACCAGAUAUCAAAUACAUGAAAAGGUUGAGCUUCUAACUCGUUUGCUUUGAUGUUGGAUUAUUCUCAGAGUUUUAGAGUUUCUUCGGUCGGAGUCCACGCGACCAUCAAAGUGUGAAAAGCGCGGAGAGUGCUGUUUUGUGCUUAAAAGCUGUCUUGACUCAUUUGUGUUAUACAGAAGUUAAUACAGAAAUAAUUUCACCGAUUCUCAGAAGACGGUGUAAGUUUAGAAUUUUGACCGAAAGACUCGGUUAACUCCGAUUUGUCAGCCGCAAAUCAAGCUUAUUGCACAAGGCCGAAAGACUCGGCAAUUUCUGGAUUUGUCAGAGGCAAGUCUGUUAUUGGGCGCGAAGUACUCACAGCACAACUGAAAGUAAACAGUAGUCAAAGAAAGGAAAUUACUGGUUGUAACUAGGGAUUUGACUUUUGAUUAUUUUCAGAGUGAUACUUACUACAAUCGACGUGUUCAAGAGGUACGAAAACGCUGUUUGAUCAUUACGUGGGUGAGUGUCACAUGUUUCCUCAGUUGAAACAAAGAAAUGUUCAGUCAUGUGGAAACGAAAAAGCCACUUUAUGAAUGCAGUUUUAAGUACCCCAGGAACUUAAUCUUGUGCGUUGGAUAGUUUCCUUGAGAUAUCAUCCCAUCUAUUUUUACCCUAUUUGUCAACACUAACUGCGCGAAAUGAAUUCACAGAACUCCUUUUCAAUACAUGUGCAAGAUACAUUGAGUCAUAAGGAAAUGACUGAUUGUUGAGAGAACUAAGGGAACCGCUUUGGGUAUAUUUACAACAACAUUGCCCCCAGUUUUUGUCAAGAGAUUGUAAUGCGUGCUUCAGUCAGAUUUUCGAGGAACGAACCUUUGGUGAUCUUUCUUCAGAGGAAAUGAAUAUAUUUUCAUCUCAGAGAAUCUUUGAGUCAUUUUGUAAGACCUGCCAUGACAAUGUGGCUCUCAAAAGCUCUAUUUGGUUAACUACAAGAUCUGUAUUACAAAAAUGUCAAUUGGAUCACAAUUCUGGGCCACAUUUUAUCUCUGCUAUUCAAACUGAACCAGGAAAGUUGAAUUGUCCUAAUUGUGAAACCCCUACAGAUGGCCCAGUUUUAACCUAUAGUUCACAGGCAAAAUUUGUCUUUAUUGAAUUCUCUCCGGAACUUAUGGAUUUGAUAAAUUUGUGUGAAAAUAUGCAUGUAGGCUCAAUCAAUCCAAACAAAGAAUUGUUUUGAGCAAAUAAUAUACCUGAUAUUAAGCAAAUUUUACCUAGAAAAUGUUUCUAGCAUUUUCAUAAAUAAGUUAACAAAAUAUAAAAUAAACAUUUUUUUUUCAGGCUUUACUGGAUAUGUACAAAGAGUAGACCGAAAUCGAAAAAACCAGCGAGGAUUCACAUAUUACUUCGACAUCAUUCUGCAGACGGCAGUAGACCAAACGGAGAAGAUAAGAAUAAUGAUAAGUUCUAUGGAUGACAUCACGAAAAGCCAGCUUUUCAAAGACAAACAAAAAGCACAACAGCCCAUCACCAUAACCAACCUUAGGGUUGUUCAGAGUGGCAUGGUGUUUAUGCACCAGAACAGCAUUGUUAAGGAUGUCUCCACGAUGGCCAUUCCAUUUAAAUAUGUACCACCAGCAGCACCACCCAUUACAUCUGUAGCAGAUGUUUUAAAAACUAAGAGGCAAGGGGAUAUGGUCACAGUCUCAGUCUUAAUUCGAUGGGAAGUGAAGCUUCAACACCACAAAACUCUAAACGACCAGUAAGAGAUGGUAAAUUAGUAGACUCAACAGGAACUAUAGAUAUUUCGAUUUGGUCGGACCACAUUUCUCUAAUCAAGGAAGGGGAUUUCUUUGAGAUCUCCAACUGCACUGUAAAGUAUUACUAUGGGUUGAAAAUCAGUACCAGUACAGAAACCAUCAUAAAGCCAGCCGAGAAGCAAAAUAUUACCAACGUAAAUACAGAUGCAACUGCUAUCAAGCCUCAAAUCUGCUGCCCAAAAAUACAAAAUGUCAUCAUUGACACUAAUGCAAUGUGCAACACCAAAGGAUGUAAGAGCAAAAUCACAGGAAACAGAAUCUAAAGUUAUGGUUCGUUGCACAGCCUGCAACAGAGCAAUGCUCGUUAAAAACUGUUACGUUGACAUGAGCACAACCUUUCAACUGGAAAAGGAAGAGAAGCAAUUCAACGUUGUGGCAAACCAAGCCACACUCAGCGUUUACCUAAACGAGGACGUUUUCCAAUACCGAAACAACAUAGAUGAACUAACAGAAAAACUUCUGUUGCUGGAAAAUGUUGACUUCACAUUGUCAAAAAACGGUAAAUUUAUUACCGAGAUAGUAAAUCACCAACUGCAGCCACCAACGCAAGAAAAAUCAAAAAAAUGAGUAAUAAAACCAAACAUUGUUUCACGUUAGUGACCAUCAUAUUUGGACACUGUACCAUCUUGACAUUUAAGGAUAACUCCAAAAGUUCAAGCAAAAAUACUUUAUUUUUAACUAAAUUUUAUAUCAAUGUUGUUCCAGUUUGAAAUUUUAUUCAUACAACUCUACUCAAUAUCAGAGUUAAAAACACAAUCGUCACUCAAAAUAGAUUUUGAAAAAUAUAUUUUAUACAUAGUUUCGUUCAAAUUUCAUACUUUUCUCUUUUUUCCACUUUUUAUAAGCCAAAUAUAUUGUACAUACACGUAGUUCCAUUAAUUUUUUCCAUUUUGAUACCACAUCACAAUAGUUAUAUUGACAAAAAGCUCUAAUCAAUCAAAAAAGAUCAAUUAUUAUAAAAAUAUAUUAUUGGUUCCAGUUAUAAUUCAUCCACUUAUCGUUUUCACAGUUUAUAAUAAUAGAACGUUCUAUUCAACAGACCAAUUUUUCAAUGCCUUUCAAACAAAUUCUAUUGAAAUUUGCCCUCUUAAGGUAUAAUUUUGUCUAAUAACUAGUCUAUUAUGUGCAAAAUGUCAGGUUUAAAUAUAAUAAUAAAUUGUUCUUCAAUGCUGUCUAUAAAUUGUUCUACAAUGCCACCUAUAACAUUCCAAUGUUAAAACUCACCCAAGUCCCUACAUUUUGCUUCUUCUUGAUCGUGAAGAACAAACAAAUCCUAAGUCAAACCACACAGCAAAAAAAAAACAUCCCAAGCACUUCGCAAAACUACAUUUUGUACACUUGUAGUAUUUUGAGAUCCAAAAUUACUAUAACCAAAGUAUUGAGCCACAAUUCCGUAACAACAUAACAGAAAAAUUACACAACUGCAAACAACAAGCCCAACUAAAAAAAAAAACAAAAGAAAAUGGUACUGUAGGGCGGGGGCAGCUCUAGUGAGAACUAUAACUAGUUAUUAUUAUUAUUAUUGCAGUUCUUCUUGUGCUGCCAGGCCCUCGCCAAGUGGUAACGAUCCUUCUUUAAACACUGGGCCUUCCCAAAGCAUGGAAAGCUCUUCCUCAAGCAUUUCUCGACCUCUUUUAAGCAGUGGUUGUUCUAUACCAAACCCAGCUUUAUCCAAGCCUGUUAUAGAACCAUGUGAGAUGAGAAAGUUAGUCUCUGAUACUUUUGACUUUGUUGAUGACAUUUCUUGUGCACGUCAUUCAUAUUUUCACUGCCUUGAGCAAAACUGUCAAAGUGUUAGCAAUUUAGAUGCAAGUUUAUUGCAUGGAAAGAAAGAUAAAUUCCAGUACAAAUGGCUCUCUGAUAAGGAGCUCACAUACUGCUACAAGACUGGAUUUUUUUGGCUUUUAUAUGCUGAAGGCAAGGGAAUGUACCGCAUUCUUCGCUCCAUGCACAAAACAAGAAAUAAACAAAACCAGGCUGAUAUCUUUACGGGGAAACCUGGAACGAGAUAUAAGAAAUCUGCAUUACAAUCACAUGCUGACUCUGAUCGUCACAAGGCAGCCAUUGAAGCAGAACUACUGCAGAAAAAUUCUCAGUUUGUUAGGGAACUGUCAGAUAAAGCUGCUAAGGGAGACAAGACUAUGUUCUCUGCUUUUAUGUCUGCAUGCUGGCUGGCAAAACAUGAAGUGGCCAACUCCAAACUGUUGUCCCUUCUUAAACUAUUUGAAACAUCUGGAGUAGAGCAUAUGAAAUAUUUUUUCAUACAAAGGUGAGGAAACACUUCGUGAUAUUUUUCUAACAAUUGGUGAAGUAAUCCAAGAUACAAUCAUAAAACAAACAACACAAGCAACUCAAGCUGGAUGCUCUUGCAUUUUAAUGGCGUCGGGGACUGGGACUCACAUUAUGCAAUCGUGUAAUCUAAGCUUUGACUACAGAAGUAUGUAAACGUGUCCGGAAAUACACUCCCAAUAAUUUCGUAAAACCGAAGUGUUGUCAGUUCUCUUAACCUUCACUCGCGAACCUGCGAAGACCUUCCAAUCUCAGUUGUGUUUAUCAAACGUAUAAAAUCCACCUCGAGACUUCUCUCGGAUACUUUCUCUUACGGCCAGAGAAUUCCAGGAAAAUGGAUGAAGUAACUGAUAUUUCAGUUUUGGAAUUGUUAGUAACUUUCAUACAGUAUGUUCAUGAUGGGGAAGUGAAAACAAAUUUCCUUUUUGCUGAAGACCUCCUCAAGGCCUCCAGCUCUGCUGAUGCAAACACUAUCUAUACAGGGUUAAGAAUAUGUGAAAGUCAUAUAUUUGAACUGCGGAUAAAGACAUGAAUGAAAGUGAUCCUCGCAGUAAUGUGCACUACUUAGGCAGUAGUGAAAAUAAGGCCUGGUCAUGGGUUCAAAUCCCGUACAGGCCUGAAUUUUUUUCAGGCCUUAUUUUCACUACUGCCUAAGUAGUGCACAUUACUGCGAGGAUCACUUUCAUUCACGUCUUUAUCCGCAGUUCAAAUAUAUGACUUUCAUAUAUUCUAAACCGUUUAUUCAUCACUUCACGGGUUUAUUUAGGACCAACAUCAUGACCAGCUCCCAGUUGGCUUGUUAGCUCAGUUGGUAGAGCGCUGCACCGGUAUCGCAGAGGUCAUGGGUUCAAAUCCCGUACAGGCCUGAAUUUUUUUCAGGUCUUAUUUUCACUACUACCUAAGUAGUGCACGUUACUGCGAGGAUCACUUUCAUUCACUAUCUAUACAGCUGCCACGACAGAGCUUUUGUCUCUCAAACUUGAGCUGAAUAAACUGGCAUCAAUGGUCAUUGAUGGAGCAAGUGUGAGGAUGGGCCAUAAAUCAGGUGUUGCUGCACUUUUAAAGGAAAGAGUUAACAAGUCCCUCAUCAAUGUUCAUUGCUUAGCUCACCGCCUUGCUCUUUCAUGUACAGAUACAGCAAAGGAUAUAAAGUAUAUCACCACAGUUCAAAAUUGGAUGAAGCAACUGGGGAAAUACUUUGAGAACUCUCCCAAAAGAACAGCACUUUACCUGAAAAUUCAAAUUGAAAUGAAGAAAUUGAGUGUGUCAGACAAGGUUAGCAAGGAAGCUCAUGAGAAGUUGAAGAAAGCUUGCUCAACGAGAUAGCUUUCCUUUGAUGCUGCAACACAAGCAGUGUAUGCCGAUUAUGCAGCUAUUCUCCUUACUCUCUCAGAGUUAUCAGCAAGUGAUCCUACAGCUAAAGGUCUUCAUGAAAUAAGAACAACCAAAUUCUUGGGGACAGUUUACAUUUUGAAAGAAGUUCUCCCAGAGCUCUCAAAAUUGAGUAAAACUUUUCAGUACAGCAAGACCAAUUUCUCAACUGUGCAAUCAUCUGUUAACUUCACAAUUGACAGGUUGAAGAAAAUUAAGAAGGAGAUGACUCCACUCAAGAAAGUUAAAGCUGAUUUGGACCCUGUUAAUGGAAGACUUCAACUCAUCUCUGCCAAGCAAAAGGACACAAGCAACCAAACAAAUGCUUCAAGCUAUGACGAUUCAGCUAAUUAAGCCAUCAGUAAUACAGAAGUUGUCAGAGCUUUAACCACUAGAGAUGAACCAGGGAACAGAGAAGCAGCUGUCUGACCUGUUAUCCAAGUACAUCACAUACUUAGCAUCUAACAUCAGCGACAGAUUUCAGGAAUCCUUGCCUGUUGUCAGUGCAUUUCAAGUCUUUGAUCCAUUGCUUGUUCCAGAUGUUGGAGGCGUCGGUUUUCCUGACUAUGGUGAAAUUGAUGUGAAAACAAUGGCAGACCACUUUUAUUCAGAAUCUGCUGUGAAGGCUACCCAGUUGAAAGACGAGUGGAGAAAAUUCAAAUAUGAUCUUACAAACUGGCAGAGGAAAGUUAAAGAGGAACUCAAGACCAAGACGAAGACAGCUCAUGGACAAUCAACAUUUUGUACAGAAGGGACAACUGCCACCUCAGGAAUGCAGCAGCAGAAAGAGCAGGCUAAGAAAAAGCCAGAAGUUAAGAAGAGACACCAAUCGUCAACAAGAAUUGCACCGCGUUCGCCCCCUAUCGAGUUCGCCCCUUCGAGUUCGCCCCUACCUUAUGCCGUGUUCGCCCCCACACUUUUCGAGUUCGACCCCAUCAAGUCGAGUUCGCCCCUUGAUUGAGUGAUAUCCAGAUGAGUUGAUUUGUGACGAAGGCACUAGCGGAAUGUGCCAAAUGUCACGUCAGCGACGAUCAUUUUGAAUUUCGGCAAUUGCGUGGAACCUGCUUGGGAACUAAAUACUCUGCGUGGGAUCUGGGGUUACCAGAAAUAACUGUAUACACUGAACUCGUGAUAAAGAGAACCACACGGUUUAUCUAACGAACACGAAAUGUGUUGAUCGUAACAACCAGACUUGAGAAGAUGCAAACCACGCUUUCAUCGCGACAGCAUUGCUUAAGUUGUUAGACUUGUACCCGUUUAGCUUUAUUUAUGAAAUUAAGACUGAAGAAUUUACUCAUCAAGUUACGAAUCAAUCCAUCUGGAUAUCACUCAAUCAAGGGGCGAACUCGACUUGAUGGGGUCGAACUCGAAAAGUGUGGGGGCGAAUACGGUAUAAGGUAGGGGCGAACCCGAAGGGGCGAACUCGAUAGGGGCGAAAGCGGCGGAUACCGUCAACAGAGUGGUGUAUGCAAAGGCUGAUUAUCUUGAAACAAGGACUUCAGUUUGAAUUACUGCCACAGAUAGCAGAUAUUGCAAGCUCUUUGCCUAUGUCAAGUGUCUGGCCAGAGAGAGAGGCGAGCUGUCUAAAGAGGUUGAAGACAAGGCUCAGAAGUCGAAUAAAGGUUGACAUGCUUAAUACUUUGAUGCUAAUCAGUGGCCCAGACCUUUAUUCUCCUGAAUGUAAUGAAUUGAUUGAAUCAGCUGUUCUUCUGUGGAAUAAGAAGAAAAACAGAAGGAAACUCCCUCCUAAAGUUCCUGUUGAAACAGAAUCAACAGCUUUUGUGGCAGUUCUAUAUUCAGUUGAUUCAGCUUGUCAGACGGAAGCUCGUGAGACAGAGACUGUUACUGUGGAACAAUCCAUUUCUGAUGAAAGUCAUGUUGUAUUGGCAUUGGGUCUAUCUCAGGAAGAUAGUGAAUGUGCUGACAGUGACUUUUAUUCUGACCCUGAGUUUGACUAACUUCAAUUUCAAAAUAGAACAUGCAAACAUCAUCAAACGCUUUGUACCAGUAUAGGCAUGCAUUCUAGGCAUGUUCCGGGACCUUAGCUGGUUUGCUUUGACACCUCUGGCUUUGCUGAAGAGCCUCCUACUUUAUCAGUGAUCACCUCCUACUUAAAAAUCUAUUGAGAACCCUGCUGAACGAUUUAAAGUGCUUCAGAAGAAACGUGAUUCCUAUUCCCUCUCUUAUAUUUGUAUCUUAUAUCUUAUAUCUUAUAUCUCAUUGUAUCGCUUUUUACUGUAUGGAAAAAUGUAAUUUAAAGUAAAGGGCAUCUAAUUAGCUUGCUAUAUUAUGCCCUUCUCCAUCCUCUUAUCUUACUUGAAAUUAUUCACUAGACUCUAAUAUGUUGAAAUCAAGGAAAAAAAGUUACCAAAUACCAAAGAUGACAGAGUUGAAUAUGGAAAUCGACAAAGUUUCUUCCCUGGUUAGUGAUGGUGCAAGUGUUAUGUUAGGUUCCAGAACAGGUCUUGCAGCCCGACUCAAAGAAGUCAAUUCCGGAAUUAUUUCAAUCCACUGCAUCUGCCAAAAGUUAGCGCUGGCUUGUGUCGAUACUGCAAACGAUGUUGAGUACAUAGGAACUGUCGAGGACCUCCUUAGACAGUUGUGGAAGUAUUUGGAAAAUUUCCCUAAAAGAAUGGCUAUUUACUUGAAAGUGCAAGAAGAAGUAAAUCUUUUGACUUGUCAAAGAAAAGCAGAAACGUUACAACCAAGAAGCUGA